AUGGAAAAUUCCCGGGAAAGUGUGUCAACAAGAUUCUUCCUCAUGGCAGGCCUUGUUGAGAUUCAGGAACAACAAUUUAGAAAAGAGAGCAAGAAGCUUGAAGCUCUUCUUGCAGACCCUGAAAUUGAGGGUAUAUAUGAAACAAAGGUGCCGCUGGAGUUUAGUGCUAUAUGUCAGAUUGGAUGUGUAUGCAAAAUGGAUGGAUGGAUGGAAAGUUGGUGA